AUGACUGCUGAAGCUUUUGACUUUGAUGACCACUCCCAUAGACGUUACAACCCAUUGACAGACUCGUGGGUGCUUGUUUCUCCUCACAGAGCUAAGAGACCUUGGUUAGGUCAACAAGAAGCACCAACUAAGAAUGAUGCACCUGAAUAUGACGAAAAAUGUUACUUGUGUCCUGGUAACAAAAGAGCUACUGGGGGAGUCAAUCCAGUGUAUGAGAAUACAUAUAUUUUCCAGAACGAUUUUGCAGCUGUCAAGUUGGAUCAACCAUCGCUUCCUAAGAGCACUGGGAACUCGUUGAAGGAGAGAUUGUGUAAAGCGGAAUCAGUCAGAGGUAACUGUUUUGUUAUCUGUUUCAGUCCAAAGCACAACUUGACAAUUCCUCAAAUGACGGUUCCAGAGUUGGUAAAAGUUGUUGAAGCAUGGCAAACUUUAUACACAAAUCUAGCUAAAGACGCUGUGACGGAAGGUAAACCAUACAAGUACCUGCAAAUUUUCGAAAACAAAGGUACUGCUAUGGGAUGUUCAAAUUUGCAUCCACAUGGACAAGCUUGGUGUUUGGAGGCCAUUCCAAGUGAAGUUUCUAAAGAAUUAAAGUCUUUUAAGAAGUACAAAUCCCAGUACGGUACUGAUCUAUUGGGUGAUUAUGUUGCUUUGGAACUGGAAGAAAGAUCUCGUUUGGUCCUUGAGAAUGAUACCUUUAUAGUCGUUGUUCCUUAUUGGGCUGUCUGGCCUUUUGAGACAAUGAUUGUUUCCAAGAAGAAGAUUGCGUCCGUUGAUAAAUUCAAUGAUGCUCAAAAGAAAGAUUUAGCCUCAAUUAUGAAGGGGCUAACUACCAAAUAUGAUAACCUUUUCGAAACAAGUUUCCCUUACUCUAUGGGUUUGCACCAAGCUCCAUUGAAUGCUGUUGGUGAGGAACUUGACAACAGUUGGUAUCACAUGCAUUUCUAUCCACCAUUGUUACGUUCUGCCACAGUCAGAAAGUUCCUGGUCGGUUUCGAGCUAUUGGGUGAACCUCAAAGAGAUUUGACCGCUGAACAAGCAGCUGACAGAUUGAGAAAGCUAGAUGGCGAAGUUCACUAUCUGGAAAAGCUUUAG